AUGGACAUAAUGGGAAAUAAGGAAGUAUUGGGGCGGGAACAGGGUGGUGGUGGCCCACUGAAGGGCCGAAGGAGACUGGCACAAGUAAAUGAUAUUGUGAAAAAUGAAAAAAUGCAAGUAAAUAAAAGAGGAAAGGUGGAAUUACCACUGGAAGAUCUCCAUCCUUUGUCAGGGCAGAGCCAGAUGGCCGUGUCCCAGCCAAUCACUGGGCUAAAGAGGAGUGUGCUGUUGCAGGAAAUGUUGACCUUCAGGGACGUGUUUGUGGACUUCAACCUGGAGGAGUGGCAGCAGCUGGACGCCACUCAGAAGAACCUCUGCAGGGAUGUCAUGCUGGAGAACUACAGCCACCUUGUCUCCGUGGGAUUCCUCGUGGCCCAACCAGGUAGGAUCUUCAGGUUGGGACAAGGAGAAGAGGAGGCCAGGAUGGCAGCUGGAGAAAGCCCAACACGGAGGUGUCCAGGUGAGCCCGUGCCGGGCCAGUUGGGCCAGGGCAAGGGGACCUGGUGGAUCAGGGAGAGCUUGGCCUCGGGGGCGCGCCCAGGAGUUCUUCUCAGAAACCCCAGACUUGGGGACACAAUUCGGGUCUGA